GGCUGACUAAAUACUUUUUUUCCCCACUGUAUGUCACUCCCUAAAACCAUAGGAAUUUCCCCAGGUAAUCACGUCAACAUGGUAGUUAAAUUUGAGUUAACAGCGAUGGAUGAUCGUUAUCCCAUAUUUACAGUGGUGUGUGUACAGUGUUUCCCAUAGGUUUCUUUUCAGCAGCGGUGGCAACGUUAGCGUAGGGGCGUGCUAGUGGCCGUGGUCAAUUGCGUGGUCUCCGACCAAAGAUUUUAAAGGCCCUCCUCUUGGCGGCGUGAACAUUUUACAGUUUUAAAGCCAGUUUCCUGCAAUUCUACACAUUUUGCCAUGGCUUAUGCCAGGUUCGUAUGCUAUCUGAGUGACUCAAACAUUAUAACAAAAUCAAUGGGGUGCCCAUGUCAUGACACUUUUGGAAUUUUAGAUUCUCUCCGACUCUAGUUUUUAUUGGUGAUUGUUAGUUCUCAGGGACUAGAGUCACCCUAUGAGGAAGUACCAGCGCAUCAUGUACUGGUUCCCCAAGUUCAAGCACGCCUUCCCCGUCCCCCUGCAGCUCCCUGGGGACCCUGUAGACUUGGCCCGCCUCAGUCUCCACCGCAUCGCUAACGACCUGGGCGCUAAGGUCACGGUCUGCCAGAUGCCUUGUACUGACAUCUCAGAGUCAGGGGAGGAGAUCACCUUCCCACACUACCUAGGUAGAUAAUCAGAGUUCCCUCUUUUUUACAUACAAACUACCAGGGAUCCGAAUCCCAGGAUCUCAGAUUCUCUUUUCAGUAGAUGUACUCGUAUUCUGUGGUCAGCCGGUAUUUAAGUUAUCAGUUAUUAUUGGCUAGGUGCAACUCCAGAGGAUGCACUGCAAACAUACGGUUCUCAAUAUCGUUGUCUGUUUAAAUGGUAAACCCUGCCUUUUCUCAUCCUGUCAGGGAUCCAGCCCAGCCCAGAUGGAGCUGCUGGCUAAACAUAACCCCAACAGGCCUGUGUUUGUGGAGGGCCCCUUCCCCCAGUGGCUGAGGAAGACAUAUUCAGGGCUGAUCAACUGCCCCCUGAGGAAAAGGUGGAGGAGCCAUACGAUCCAGAGAGGUGUUUCGACUACCCUGUUCAGCUGGACCUGGACUUCGAAUGACUACCUCCUCUCUUUACCCCACACGUACAAUUAUCUUUGGCCGGCCGGCCAGAUAGGUAGCUUCGACGUGGAAGACGUGGAUGAAGGGGCGAGUUUCGCAAUGUGUAUGACGAGCCGGGGGGAACAGGCCACCCUGAACCAGUGGAUCUCAGGCCUGCAGGAGACCAACCCCACCCAGUUCCGCCUGGAGGCCGAACCCAGGGAGCGGCAUAUCCUGAGCCUGGACACGGGUACAGACAGGGGGGAGAUGAAGAAACAGGGGCCAGGGCAGAGAGACAGACAGAGCCAGAUAUUGUUGUGGAGGAGGGACAUUGCCGUAGCCAGGGAGUGAAGCAGUAAACAGCUACAGGACUGUGACAGAGCCCAUUUCUCUACCAGAGAAAGGAUUACCUGGAGAGCUAGCUUUUAUCACAGUGCAUUUAUCAUAACUAACUCUCCCUUGUCAGGUCACUCCUGGCCCUCAUCAUAAAAUCUGGUAAUAGGAUGACAUUCAAUAAGUGGAUUUAAUACGAAAGUAUACUGUACCCAUCUAUUGUCAACUCGUAUGAUCUUGUAUGUUUCAAGAAACCAAGCUUAGGUACUUAAGUAUGUAACCUGAUGCCCUCUAAACUCAUUUAAUGUUGUUGUAAAUGUCUGACAGGGCUCUUGCAGGAACUUUUAAUUUGCACCGUGUGUCAAGAUUCAAGAAAGUCUCAAAUCAUCAGAAAACAAUACAUUAUUUACACGGCUGAUGUACGUCAUCUCUUAUGCGUAACCUACUGUAUUCAUACAAUAUUGUCAUUAUAUUUGGAACUUUGUACCUCAGUGAAGGGUGACAUCAUACCCUAAAUCUCAGUGUUGAAACUAGUGUGCAUUUACAUUAACUCAGUCAGUUGCCUUAAAUGGUAAAUAUGUAUCACCUUUUCAAAACAUUUGAAGUGAAUUAUGCACAAUUUUUACUUAACUUUAUCCCCAUUUUCAACAAUACAGAAAGAUACUGUUGAAAUAUGUGGGCUCAUAUACACUCUCCUUGAUAGCAGGUACUAUCAAUAAAUCAGAACCACUUUUAAAAGAUACAAAAAGGGUUUAUUAGUACCGAAAAGGCAUUUGAACAUUCCCUUUUAAAACAGAUAAACAAGGUAGGAACCAAUUCAAAGAGGAACAUUCUAAAACAGGUAAAAUCAUACAGCUUGGUCAGUGUCCCCUGUACAUUUACAGUUUGUCACAGCUGUACAAGAAAAAGUUCAUCACAGUACAAUCUGUUUUCAAUGCAGUUUCAGUCUGUUAAGACAACAGAAGACUGACUUCCAAAGCUUUGUGCUCUACAGGACGUUGUUUUCAGCAUAUUGGUGAACCAAAAACAAUGGAAAUGGACAUCUUUUCCACACAUUUUCUGUUACAUAUAGGAAGUAUACAAACAUCCCAGCAACAGGGCCAAUGGAUCUUCAAUCUUUUUUUGUUUGUUUAAAAAGUAAUAAAAAUAAAACAUAUGCUGAUAAUUGAUUGUUAAAAUCAGGGAUACAAUUAAAUAAAAAUUAAAUAAUUAUGUAUAUUUGUUGCCGCUGACUGAUUGUUCAGACUAAAUAAAGGCAUUAAAAAAUAUAGUUGAUGUAUACAGUAUGAAUAGACAAGGAAAUAUGAAUCCGAAACAAUGUGAGCAACCAUUAAGUGAUAGGCAUUGAAAUAAUACAUGAAAGGGUAUUGCCAUUUCACCACCCCUCUAAACAGAACUAUCUGUGUUGUAUUUACAGUGCAGAAAUACAUUUCUCAAAUCACCAUUACAAAAACAAUGUUUACAUUUAUUAAAAAGGAAGAACAUUUUAUAUUCCAGAACAAUGAUUUAUUAAAACAAUGUUGUUGUUUUGUGUGUCAAAUAAGUAUUUUGAAGAGUCAGUCUUGUAGAUACAGUAUGCUGCAAGAAAAAUUAUUAUAUACCAGUACUUUUUAGGACAUAUUUAGAAUACCCUCAUGCAAGGAUGUCCCUUUUUGAAAAGGGAAGGAAAAAGAAACAGAUGGUCUUUGACCUGAAUAACAAUUGAUUGUUAAUACAGUACAAAACUUUAUACAAAACUGAUAGUAAUUGUGAGAAAUAUUAAAUAAACAUAUCAUUAAGUGAAAUUAUAAAAUGUACUGUAUGUACAGACGAAUAUCAAUCAUUGAACAAUUGAUCACCUGUAGACCACUUCAAUGGACGCAUGGUCUCCAAGUCAAAUUCACAGGUCUGCUAUUUACCCUUAAAACCUGGAUCAUAUUGAUCCUGAUACAUUGAGAAGACCAAGGACAUGUCAUUCAUUCAGAUUGAAGAACAUCACUGACCUGUUUGUCAUGGACACAUAACAGGGACGUUAAGUUAACCCAGUGCUGUAGACUGAGGGAGAGUCCUGACUGUGCUUUAGUAUGUUAUAAAGCAUUAUAGAGUCCAGUGACAUCCCUCAUUGAUAUUACGUUUUGGUGUUUAGGGCACAGGAGACAUGGUGUAGCAGUAGUGAAUGAUGAUCGCUACAAAAUUGCGCUAUCGAAAACAGCAAGAAGAUACAUACAUUCGUGUGUGUGUAUUUAUCCCAGUUAAUGAGGUAAAGCUUGCCUCUUGUGGUUCCAUGUCCCCUAUACAGGUAUACAGUUCAAGUUUAGUUCAUUCUUUGUAGAGGUGAACUUCUCCGUAAAAAUCAAUACACAAAAGAAAAAACAGCAGUGUUUUCUCUUACUCUUCUCACAAUGGCCUUCUAUUGUUGUUUUAUGCUGUCUGGAAUUUAGCUAUUUGUGCUUCUGCAAAUUACGACAAAUUAGUAGGAGAAGGUACGAGUUUGUCAAACAAUGUCCGACAUAUGUGUAGU